ACUUUAUCCGAGAACAGCCGAACCAUAAAGGCGAGCGGGAUUCUCUUUGACGGAGAUAGCCGAAGUGUACGAUAAGUCCAACCCCUUUUUCCGGAAACAGCCGAUGUUCUUUAGCUAAGUGUGGAGCUGUUGCCUCGUCUUCCUCUUGAAGAGAACGAGGAGAGAAGGGGCCGCACUUGGGACGUCGGCCACGGUGACCGCUUCAGCCUUCAACAUGUCUGACUUCGACGAGUUCGAGCGGCAACUGAACGAGAAUAAACAAGAGCGAGACAAAGAGAACCGUCAUCGAAAACGUAGUCACAGUCGCUCUAGAAGCAGAGACCGGAAACGGCGAAGUCGCAGUAGAGAAAGACGAGUAAGAGAGCAACGCAGUGGAUCUCGGGAUCGGAGGAGGCGUAGGACAUGUUCUGUUGAAAAAGAAGAAUUGCCAGAUCACCAGAAGAAAAUAAAUCGGUCCCCCAGGCAUGAAAAGAAAAAGAAGAUUCGCAAAUAUUGGGAUGUCCCGCCACCAGGUUUUGAACAUAUCACUCCUAUCCAGUAUAAAGCCAUGCAAGCUGCUGGUCAGAUUCCUGCUACAGCUCUCCUUCCAACAAUGACACCCGAUGGACUUGCUGUUACACCCACACCUGUGCCUGUUGUGGGCAGCCAGAUGACCAGACAGGCCCGUCGACUUUAUGUUGGAAAUAUUCCAUUUGGAAUAACAGAGGAAGCAAUGAUGGACUUCUUUAAUGCUCAAAUGCGCCUUGGUGGAUUAACACAAGCUCCUGGAAACCCUGUCCUUGCAGUGCAGAUCAACCAAGACAAAAACUUUGCUUUCUUAGAGUUCCGAUCUGUUGAUGAGACCACACAGGCAAUGGCAUUUGAUGGCAUAAUUUUCCAAGGCCAGUCGUUAAAGAUUCGCCGUCCGCACGAUUAUCAACCUUUGCCUGGCAUGUCUGAAAAUCCAUCUGUGUAUGUGCCAGGGGUGGUAUCCACCGUUGUUCCAGACUCUGCACACAAGCUAUUCAUUGGAGGUUUACCCAACUAUCUGAAUGAUGACCAGGUAACCAUGGCGUCAUUAAGCCUAUGGGUUAAAGAGUUGCUUACAUCUUUUGGACCUUUGAAAGCCUUUAAUUUGGUAAAAGACAGUGCUACAGGUCUUUCUAAAGGAUAUGCUUUCUGUGAAUAUGUGGACAUCAAUGUCACAGAUCAGGCUAUUGCUGGUCUUAAUGGAAUGCAACUGGGAGACAAAAAGCUUCUUGUACAAAGAGCAAGCGUUGGUGCAAAGAAUGCAACAUUGAGCACGAUAAACCAAACUCCAGUAACUCUUCAAGUACCUGGACUCAUGAGUUCUCAGGUGCAGAUGGGAGGACAUCCUACAGAGGUGUUGUGUCUUAUGAAUAUGGUUUUGCCUGAAGAACUACUGGAUGAUGAAGAAUAUGAGGAGAUUGUGGAAGAUGUAAGAGAUGAGUGCAGCAAGUACGGCAUUGUUAAAUCUAUCGAAAUACCACGACCUGUUGAUGGUGUGGAAGUACCAGGAUGUGGCAAGAUCUUUGUGGAAUUCACCUCAGUCUACGAUUGUCAGAAAGCCAUGCAAGGACUCACAGGACGCAAAUUUGCAAACAGAGUAGUGGUUACAAAAUACUGUGAUCCCGAUGGUUACCAUCGUCGUGAUUUCUGGUAGAUGUAGUUGUGUACAGGAUAAUGAGUGGAAAGAAAAUGAGUUUGAGAGGGAACUGGAUGCUCGUAAGGACUUCGCGACACCCAAAGUUGCCCCCCAUCCCCCCCAAGCCCUACUCCCUUCCAACCCCUUUUUCUUCCAGGAGGCUUAUUCUCAUAUGAAGUGUUUAUAUGGCCAAAUUUAUUUUUUAUUUUUUUCCCCCCGAAGCAACAUAACCACCCAUUUUCUCUUUUAAAGUAAGACACAUGUAUCCUUGUUGACCCCCCCCGACCCCACCUCAAUACAAAACAAGCCCUGGAAGUCUCCUCCAUGGACAAUGAGAAAUGUCAGUGGUUAUACUGUAGUAAUAUGUUGUCUAUCUAAUUUCUUUCUGUGGCAGUUUCAUAUUUGCGAAGACAAAUUGCUAAUUAAAAACAUUUUGUUGUAUUUUA